GUGAUGGACAAUGGGAAUGUGGAGGUGACACUCAACAAUCCUCAGGGGGACGUCAUUGGCAUCAGACACGGCGGAAUCGACAAUUUACUCGAAUUCCAUCACAAAGAGAGCAACCGAGGGUACUUGGACUUGGUGUGGAAUAGGCCAAGAGAAAAAGGCAGAUAUGACCGGGUUGACGGAACGAAAUUUGAGAUCAUAACCCAAACAGAAGACACCGUGGAGAUAUCGUUCGUCCGAACAUGGGAGAACUCAACCUAUUCUUAUGUGUCGCCGCUUAUCAUUGACAGGAGAUACAUAAUGCGCCGGAAUGUUUCCGGAUUCUAUGCGUAUGCCAUACUUGAGCAUCCAGAAGGUUGGCCUGCGUUUGAGAUGGGCCAGGCUAGGGUUGUCUACAAACUCAAUGGACAAAAGUUUCACUUCAUGGCUAUGUCCGAUGACAGGCAGAGAGUUAUGCCAACGGAACAAGACAGGAGCCGGGGCGAGACCCUUGCUUAUAAAGAAGCUGUUCUGAUUACCCAUCCAUCGAAUCCAGAGCUUCAAGGAGAGGUGGAUGACAAGUACCAGUACUCUGGGGAGACUGAUGAGACUAAGGUGCGCGGGUGGAUAAGCGAUGACCCGAAGAUUGGCUUUUGGAUGAUCACACCAAGCGAUGAGUUCCAUGCAGCUGGCCCGCUGAAGCAAGAGCUCACCAACCACGUCGGCCCCGUCCUUCUCAAUAUGUUCAUGAGCAGGCACUUCGCCGGAAGAGACAUAAAUGCAGCAUUCGGGGAAGGGGAAGAGUGGAAGAAGGUGUUUGGACCUUACAUGGUCUAUAUCAACUCAGCUACUUCUGAGCAUCCCUCUUCCAGAUCACUCUGGGAAGAUGCCAAACAUCAGAUGAAAAUCGAGACCGAGAGUUGGCCAUAUGACUUUACUCGAUCGAAAGAUUACCCUCAUUCCAGUGAACGGGGCACUGUUUCGGGUCAACUCUUUGUCCGUGACAGAUACAUGAACGAGAAUGAUAUGCCGGGCGCCUCUGCAUAUGUUGGACUGGCGGCUCCCGGAGAGGUCGGAUCAUGGCAACAGGAAGGCAAAGGCUAUCAGUUCUGGACUGGGGCCAAUGAAGAUGGUCACUUCGUGAUUAAAAACAUCCGAGCCGGUGUUUAUAACUUGUACGCUUGGGUGCCGGGAUUUAUCGGAGACUACAAAUACGAAGACAACAUCAUCGUUACAGAAGGAUCCGAAAUAAGAUUGGACGGGAUUGUCUAUGAGCCUCCGAGAUACGGACCCACAAUUUGGGAAAUGGGCAUCCCUGACCGCAAGGCUGACGAAUUUUACGUGCCGGAUCCAUCCCCGAUGCUGGUGAACAAGCUAUUCAUCAACUCGAAGCCCGACAGGUUCAGGCAGUACGGUCUGUGGUCAAGGUAUUCGGAGAUCUAUCCAGAUGGUGAUCCGGUUUAUACCAUAGGAGCCAGUGACUACACUAAGGACUGGUACUUUGCUCACGUCACGAGAGAUAAUGGAAACUCCACGUUCGUGCCAACUACAAGGACUAUAAAUUUCGAGCUUCCACGAGUAUAUCCAUGGGCAAGCUAUAGAUUACAGAUUGUGGUGGCUGCAUCCCAGGCAGCUCAGAUUCAGGUGCGGUUCAAUGACCCCUGGAGGAGGAGGCCCCAGUUUUCGACGAGGACAGCAGGGUGGGACAAUGCCAUAGCGAGACACGGGAUCCACGGGCUGUACCACUUGUACAGCUUCGAAGUUCCAUGGUAUUAUCUCCGCCUGGGAACCAACACCCUCUCUCUCACUCAGCCCCGCGCCUGGGGUGCUUUCACGGGGUUGAUGUACGACUACAUUCGCUUUGAAGGCCCUCCCCGAUGA